AUGUUCAACAACGCGAUUACCUUCACAGCCCAUGACCGGCGAUUCGGGGCGAUCAUUGGUUCAUCUCCGACAGCAGAGCUUCUAGUGGAAGAUGAAGACUAUCCGUUUGCUCACGAAGCCGGGGUCUUUUUCCCUGACACCAAUAACCUCUUCGUUACCAGCAACCGUUGUUUUGGUCCGAACGGACAGCAAAAAGUGCAUAUUAAUCGCGUCGAUCUGAAUAAACGGCCAAUCACCUGCGAGGAGAUUGUUACUGAUAUUCCUAUGGGUAACGGAGGCAUCAAUUAUGAUAAGGACCACGUUCUCUUCUGUGCACAAGGGACUAUGACCGAGCCAAGCGGACUGUAUCGGAUGUCUAUAAUGGCGCCAUACAAGCCGGAACUAUUGAAAGGUGAUUUCCACGGCCGAUCGUUCAACUCUGUCAAUGAUGUGGUGGUACACACGGAUGGUUCAAUCUGGUUCACUGAUCCUAUAUAUGGCUCUGAGCAGGGUUACCGCCCUCCACCACGCCUGCCUAACCAGGUAUACCGGUGGUGUCCAAACACCGGGGUUAUCCGCGUAGUGGCUGAUGGGUUCGGGAGACCGAAUGGUAUAUGCUUCUCUCCGGAUGAGCAGGUUGUUUAUAUCACCGAUACAGACCGGGUACAUGGAGACGGUAGCAUCGAUGACCAACGGGUAUCCUCCAUGUUAGUUACAUGCGAUCUUCUUGAAUGCUGGAGAUUGAAUUCAAAGGGCUGA